UGGACGGUAGAAGGAGUGCAGAAGUUUAAGGAAGAGUUUGGAGACUGGAGAUGGGGGGACCAAGGUGUCGAGGAGGGGUGGAAGGAGUUUGGAAGUAGAAUAAAAACGGCGGUGGAGAAUGUGGGUAAGGGGAGAAGAAGGGAACAGAUGAAGGAGUGGUGGGAUGAGGAGUGCAGGGAAGGGAAGGAGAGGCGUAAAAGAGAACUGCGCGAGUGGAGGAAGGAUGCAAAGGAUAAUGACAGUCAUGCAGAAGCCGCCCGAUACGUUUCGUUUCGUGCCAUACGGUCAUUUAUGCAACAGUGCAGGAAGAAAAAUUAUCCCCCCAACCCUCGGACGAUUCAAGAAUUUGUGGACCGACUCACUGAUCCGCAGUUCGCGAGAAUUUUGGAAUAUAUCAAUGGUCGGCUCACGGUGCGUUCUGUAACGGACGACAGCGGUGCGCAGCAUGCAAUCCUGUAUGACGAAGACUUCGUGCGGCGAGAAAUGAGCGAAGUUACGAAGCUCCUCAUUGAUGCCACCUUUUGCACUAGACCCAGGAUCGAAGGGGUUUAUCAAUUGAUGACAAUCAUGGGAAUUAAACUUAAUCACGGCUUUCCCUUCAUAUGGGUCUUGAUGACAAGGAAAACUCAAGGCGCCUAUGAGUCAUGCCUGCGUUAUAUCAGAGAGCACGUCCUGCAGGCGCAUAUUAUACUUGUGAUGAGUGAUUUUGAACGCGCAUUACGCAAUGCCGUUCUACAAGUAUACCCAAUGGCUCACAGUACGGGUUGUAAUACCCAUUACGAUCGGGCAAUAUACAGAAAAGCCAAGGUCCUUCAACUCGCCAACGUUCUUCGGACAAAUGACGUAGCGAAAACUUUUUUCAAAAAAGUUUUAGCUCUGGCGUACUUGCCGGCAGAACUAAUAACUACGAAGUUCCGGGAACUACACAACAAUUUGCCAGGAACACUGAAGACGCAAUUCCGCACAUUUUGCAAUUAUUAUGAUCGAUAUUGGAUCCGAACGGUCAGGCCAGAGGGGUUCAGUGUAUACGGGUUGAGCCGUAGAACGAACAAUAUAAUCGAGUCCUACCACAGCCGGCUUCAACAUCAUUUAGGAAGACGCCCUGGACCAUGGGAUUUUUUAUGCAAAAUACUAAAAUUGCAGUCAAAAAUUCAAACCGAUAUUGCACGAUUAAAAAAUAAUGUGAACAUCGGCCGCCAUGCGAGAUAUUCAACUGUUUUUAAACAAAACAAACUCACAAAAGCAUGGCGUCAAUUACAUAUGCUCGAGAUCACAGUUGAGGAGUUCAUGGAUAAAGCUGCUUCUUUAAAGGGAAACAUCGAUUUUCGUAUGGCACAACAGUUAACUGAACAGGAGAACGAUGAAAUCCAAGAGCUACAAGAGCCUCCAGCAAUCAGACCAUUAGAUCCAGAUUUCGAACAAGAAAUCUUUGCUGAAGAGCCACCACGAUGGCUCUUGGACAAUGCAGAAAACGGAAAUCAACCGAUUGUGGUAAAUGAGGAAAUCGAAGGAUAUUCUUCGCCUGAUGAGAAUGAACACAACCCGGAUGAUCUGAUAGCCAAUGAUCUGGAAGAGGUUGUUGAAGAAGCUCCCCAGCUCAGAAAUAUUGAAGAUGACCCGGUCGAACUCAUGGCUAAUGAUUUGGAGGAGGUUGUAGAAGAGGCUCCCCAGCCCAGAAAUAUCGAAAAUCAACCAAUCGUGAUAGACGAGGAGUUUGAAGCGUAUUCGACGCCCGGCGAUAAUGAAGAUGACCCGGAUGAACUCAUAGCCGAUGGUUCAGCAGCCAUAGAAGAAGCUCCCCAGCCCAGAAAUAUUGCGGUAGGUGCUAUCCGAAGACAAAGCAAUUCGGUGAUUCGUAAUGAGUUUGUUGUAGGCCCUGCAUCGGAGCCAAAUUCGGCGAGACAAAAAAGAAAUAAGCGUCGGAAAGCGAUGAGAAAAAGAGCGGUGGCACGUCGAUUUGCCGAACGGAGGGAGGAAUCUGCUGAAACACAAGAGCAGGAGGAACGGAGGGAGGAAUCUGCUGAAACACAAGAGCAGGAGGAACGGAGGGAGGAAUCUGCUGAAACACAAGAGCAGGAGGAACGGAGAGAGGAAUCUGCUGAAACACAAGAGCAGGAGGAACCUCAAGAAGCCGAGAACCGUCGACAUAGCGAGGAGAAUAAUGACAUGUUUGCAAAAACGGAUUGUUCGUUUCGAGAUUCGUGCAAGGUGUGCUUAUUGGCGAAAGCGACGCACCUCUACCUGCCCUGUGGGCAUUGCUGUUGUUGUUCCGACUGUGCAGAAGUCUUAUGGAACCAAUUUUUAGAAAGACGGUGUCCAAUAUGUCGGACACGGGCAUCCGAAGCUCCUCGAAGAAUAUUCCAACCGUCAGAAUUUUGAAAAAAAUGAAUAAAUAAAUGAAAAAAAUAUAUCUACAUAAUAUUUCUACAUAGAAGGAAAUUAUAUUACAAGUAA